UUCAAGACUCGAAGCUUACUAUGAACACGAGAAAACCAAAUAAGAAUUGUUUUUGCUAAAUCAUGAUCGGCAUAUAAUCGGCAUGAAUAUCGGAAAGUAAUUACGGAGUGUCAUAAAAUCCACAGAACACAGAUAUGCACUAGGUGUAUAUAAGUACAUAUCGCCUGAAAAGCCAUAUACCAACCAAAUAAUCAGCAAAACGGCAAAGUCAACAAUGAUUAAAUAAUUCACUUCAGUCCAUAUAGUUGGCGCUUGAGCGCUCGUAACUUACGGUACAGAGGUAUUUACUAACCAAUAAUCAAAUCAUUACGUUUUCGAUCUCCUGACGGUGAACACAUUUGGUAUUAGUGAAUUGACAUUUAGCGGCUAAAUUGCAUAUUUUCGGAGCUAUUACAGCGGAAACUGCGAAAAAAAAAAUAUAUCGAAAUGCAGUACUUCUUGCUGUGCGCAAUAUUCGGCGCAACAUUCAUAGCAAUGGCUGUAAGCGGCGAAGUCGAUAAUGACCGUUUGAAAGCGCCCGUUUGGUCAGUGCAAUUUGAAUAUGAACAAUUAAAUAUGACAAUGACACACUCACAAAAAGUGUCUUUUAUUAUCACGGGCAUUGAACCGUCUUGGAACCGUGAUUUCGAGUUACACGUGUGGCAUGAUAACGAAGCAGUCGCCUAUGUAGAUCGAGUUGAAACGGUAUUCAGCAGCGGGGAUGGAGAAACGGGGAUGGUUAAAGGUAAUUUUACUAUCAAAGCCGUGCUUUUGGGAUAUACACAAGUUUAUGUGGAGCUACAACGGACCGGCUAUGAAGCGGAAAGAUCACAGCAGUCCAUGAAAGUGAUUGUAACGAGAUCAAUGACACUGUUAGAUAUGAUUUUCAACAUCUCCGUGGGCUGCUUUGUAAUGGUGAUUUACGUCAAUUUCGGUGCUGUGCUGGAUUUGGAAGCUUUAAAACGUAUUGUGCUAUGUCCAGUCGGACCGGUUAUUGGCUUGUUUUGUCAAUUUAUGGUGAUGCCCAUACUAAGUUUUCUAAUUGGCUAUUAUCUUUUUCGCGAAAUGAUCGAGUUACGUUUGGGUUUAUUUUUCUUGGGCGUCUCACCGGCGGGCGGAUCAUCUAAUAUAUUUGCUGUGCUGCUCAACGGUAAUCUAAAUCUGUCUAUCACGAUGACGGCGAUCAGCAAUUUAGCGGCCUUUGGCAUGAUGCCAUUAUGGAUAUUCACAUUGGGUGCACUGAUAUUUCGCGAUGGCAACUUUGCGAUUCCUUACAAAUCGAUUGCCUCCAUCUCGUGCACCUUGGUUGUGCCAAUUGCUGUGGGCAUUAUGCUGCAACAGUAUGCGCCCGAGGUAACGAAGAGAAUAUCCAAGUUGCUCAAACCCAUCUCGUUGCUGCUCAUUUUAUCGAUAACAUUUUUCGGCUGCAUACUCAACUCUUACAUGUUUAAGCUGCUCUCACUGGAGGUUUUAAUUGGCAGCUGUAUACUGCCAUGGUUGGGCUAUAUAAUUGGCUGGCUUAUAGCCACUGGCUUGCGACAACCGCCAAAAGAUGCCAUCACCAUUGCUAUUGAGACGGGCAUUCAGAAUAUUGGAAUUGCGAUUUUCAUGUUGAAUUUCACAUUGCCACAACCACAGGCCGAUAUGACGACUGCGGUACCAAUAGCUAAUUCAUUGGCGACGCCACUGCCCUUGCUUCUAAUCUACUUCAUCAAAUUGUGUUUCUGUCGCAAGGGUGAGAAAGCAGUGGAGGAGGAGUCACCUAACAAAGAAACUGAACUGGUCGCGAUUAUGGAGAAAGGCCAAGAGCAAGAAACUAAAAAGUUUCCACAAUGAAAUCAGUGCAGCGAUUGUGAUCACUAUAUUAUUUAAGUAAAACAUUAGUCAUUGUAAUAUACAGCACCCAUUUUUUAUAGUACUAACAAAAGUAAUUCCUAAGUAAAGUUUGAAAAUAGUAUAUUACUACUAGCGGUCGCCCAGCGGCAGGCAAUGGCAAACCUACGAGUGUGUUUCUGCCAUGAAAAAGUUACUCAUAAAAAACAUUUACCGUUCGGAGUCGGCUUGAAACUGUAGGUCCCUCCAUUUGUGCAACAACAUCAAGACGCACGCCACAAAUAGGAGGCGAAGCUCGGCCAAACACCUAACAGUAGUGUACGCGCCAAUUAAAUAUUUAUUUGUUUUUAUAAAUAAUUUUUAUUUAUUUUUAUAAAUGAAAAA